UUAAGAGGUAAAGUCAGGUCACGUCAGUCAGGGACUAUCAAGGUGCCCAUUGCUAAUGCGUACUAUAUGAUAUCUUACUCCUGACCUGUCACAACCAACGUUCGUCGUUGGCACAUAUCACUCGCCUGGAUUGCUUCACGAUGACUCUGACGGCAACCAAGUUCACCCCGGAGGUGAUGCUCUCGGCCCCUAGGCGGACGCCAGGAGUGCCCAAUUCCUCGGGCAAAUUGGCCCUGUAUUCAGUUUCGACAUAUUCUUUCCAGGACCAUAAAAGAACUUCCCAGAUCCGGGUCCUGGUUAUCGGGUCUGCGGCGUCAUACACGCUCGUCGAAGACGCAAGUGCUAGUGAGCCCGUCUGGCUUAGCGAUGAGGAAUACCUCCACCUGAAAAGCGGCGACAACGGGACCACGACCCUGAUUGUUCGACAUAUCAAAUCCGAUUCAGAGCGCAACCCGUACGAGGCUGGUUCCAUCAACGGCCCCAUCUCCAACGUAAAAGUCAAGAAGCUCUCCAAUGGCGCCAUUGCUUUUGCAUGCUCGGCCCUGUCCACCCCUGGUGGCGAGAUAUUCAAUCCCAAGGCCGAGAAGAAGCCGCAAUCCACGGCCAGGGUCUACACCAGCCUCUUCGUCCGCCACUGGGACACGUGGAACACCGAGAACACCAGCGCCAUCUACUACGGGCUUCUCGAGCAGAAAGACGGCAAGUAUUCGCUCCGUGGCAACAAACUCACCAGCGCCCUGGCUGGGACGCGGCUGGAAUCACCCGUACCUCCCUUUGGAGGCACUGGCGACUUCGAUAUUGGCCCUGAGGGGCUAGUGUUUGUGGCGAAGGACCCUGAGCUCGACCCUGCCCUCUACACUAAGACGGAUCUCUACUUCGUUCCCCUGAAAGACUUUACCGAGUCCAGCGCCGGAUCCCCCCGGAUCGUGAAGACACCGGGCCUCGACGGCUACUCCAACAGCCCCGUCUUCUCGCCCUGCGGCCGCAAGGUGGCUUUCACGCGCAUGCGCAGCAACCAGUACGAGUCAGACAAGCCGCGCCUUCUCCUGGUGCCCGACAUCCGCAGCCCGGACCAGGUUGAGGAAUUCUAUGCCACGGCGGAAGGCGCCGGCGGCUGGGACUCGCGGCCCGAGUCGAUCCUCUGGAGCCACGACGGCUCCAAACUCUACGUCACCGCCGAGCACCACGCACGCACCCUCAUCUUCGAACUCCCGUCCGCGCCCUCCAGAGCCACCUCCCUCCCAACCCCUUUGCAGACCCCCGACGGCAGCGUCAGCUCGGUCUACCUCCUCGCCGACGACAGCGACGCCCUCUUCGCCACCACCACCUCCCUCAUCGACAACUCGUGCUACAGCAUCGUCCACCCUUCCUCCUCCUCCUCCCCCCGCGUCAUCUCCUCCGCCUCCAAGCAAGGCAAGUCCUUCGGCCUGUCCCGCUCCAGCGUCGACUCCAUCACAUUCCGCGGCGCCGGCGCCUACGACGUGCACGCGCUGGUCAUGCGACCCUCCAGCUUCUCCCAAGACACAGACACAGACAAAGACGACGGAAACCACCAGAAACCCACCAAAACCAAGAAGUACCCGCUGUGCAUGCUCAUCCACGGCGGGCCACAGGGCGCCUGGCUCGACGCCUGGAGCACUAGGUGGAAUCCGGCCGUGUUCGCCGAGCAGGGGUAUGUGGUGGUGUGUCCCAACCCGACCGGGUCUACGGGAUACGGCAUGGCGCUGCAGGACGGCAUCCGGGGGGAGUGGGGCGGCAGGCCGUACAACGAUCUCGUCAAGUGCUUCGAGUGGGUCGUCAGUAACAUGCCCGAGGUCGAUGGCAGUCGGGCGGUGGCGUUGGGGGCGAGUUAUGGCGGGUAUAUGAUCAAUUGGAUCCAGGGCCAGCCUCUCGGGCGCAAGUUCAAGGCGCUGGUGUGUCACGACGGGGUGUUUUCGACGUUGAGCCAGUGGAGCUCCGAGGAGCUGUUCUUCCCCAUCCACGACUUCGGGGGGACGCUCUGGGACAACAGAGACGGCUACGAAAAGUGGGAUCCCGCUAUGUUCCUGAGCGAGUGGGCCACGCCGCAGUUGAUCAUCCACAGCGAGCUGGACUACCGCCUGCCCAUCACCGAGGGCCUCGCGGCCUUCAACGUCUUGCAGGCGAGGAAGGUCCCGAGCAAGUUGCUGAUGUUUCCGGAUGAGAACCAUUGGGUGCUCAAGCCCGAGAACUCGCUGGUCUGGCAUCGCGAGGUGCUGGGCUGGAUCAACAAGUACUCUGGGGUGGAGGACGAGCAGCUGGCGGAACAGACUGCGCGGUUGAGCGUGGAAUAAUAAGGGGGCCGGAGACUAUGGCUUGGGUUUGCAUGGCCCCCAGCUCGGCAAUCCUCAUCAUGGCGUGCUGAACAGACUCUCGGGAGAGGAAGACCGGGAGUUGGGCAAGGCGGCGCGGCAUUCGCGACUUACUGGGGAAAAGUCAGCGAGGUACUACUAGUUCGCCUUUUGGCUCUUGGAGAUGGUUGGAGGUCGUCCAAGAAGCGACGAAUGGCUUCUCGGCUGCGCUCUCUGAAUACAACGUCCAGUCCACGGGUGGUAGUUGCCUCUGGAAAUAAGUACUUUGGUUACCUAGUUACCCUGACGGUUGUUACCCUGAUUGCUUGACGUUGUCGUGAGGUUAGAAGAAGCAGGCCAGCACACGCAAAGGCAGCGAUGUAGUAGUAACAGUGAUGAAUGACC